AUGACUCGUAAAUUCUUCGUCGGAGGUAACUGGAAGAUGAAUGGUAGCAAAGCUGCCAUUGACAAGAUCGUUGGUUUCCUCAACGAGGCUGGAAACAACGACGAUGUUGAUGUCAUUGUUUCUCCACCAGCUCCUUAUCUUGAUUAUGCCAAGAGCAAAUUGACCACUGAUGUUAAAGUUGCUGCUCAAAACACAUACAAGGUCCCAAGCGGCGCUUUCACCGGAGAAGUCUCUCCUGCUAUGCUCAAAGAUCUCGGAUUAGAAUGGGUUAUUCUGGGACACUCUGAACGUCGUCAUGUUUUCGGAGAGCAAGAUCUCUUGAUUGCCGAAAAGACCGUUCAUGCUAUCGAAGCCGGUUUGAGUGUUAUCUUCUGUAUCGGUGAACGCGACGAAGAGCGUGAAGCUGGACAAACCAAGGAGGUCAACUUCCGUCAAUUGCAAGCCAUUGUUGAUAAGAAUGUUGACUGGAGUAAGAUCGUCAUUGCUUAUGAACCAGUUUGGGCCAUUGGAACAGGCAAGUCCGCCACUCCUGAACAAGCUCAAGAGGUUCAUGCUUGGAUUCGUGAGUUUUUGAAGGAUAAGGUUUCUGCACAAGUUUCUGAUGCCACUAGAAUCAUCUAUGGAGGUUCGGUCACUGCUGAUAACUGUGCUGAACUAGCUAAGAAGAAUGACAUUGACGGUUUCCUUGUUGGAGGAGCUUCUCUCAAACCAGACUUUGUCAAGAUCAUCAACGCUCGCAAAUAA